CCCAGGGCCCUGCUUCUGCUUUCGGCUGUUUCUGCUUCAUGGGGGAUGCGGAGGCUCCGACUCCCGGUGCUGGAGGCGGCAGCGCCAGGAAGAUCCUGAUGCACCCCAAGCCUCACCGCACACAGGGGAUGCUCUGAGCACCAUGGAAGAGGAGGGGUCGGUGCCCGUGGCCGCCUGGUUGGCAGCCCUGCACCUGGAGCAGUAUGUGAGCUGCUUCCAGCGCAGGGAGCUGCGGACGGUGCGGGACUGCCGGGCGCUGACGGAGCAGAGCCUGACCCAGCUGGGGGUGCUCCUGCCCGGCCACCGCCGCCGCAUCCUGCUGGGGCUGCAGAAAGCCUUUGCUGAGGGGACCCCCCCCGGAGCCCCUGUCCUGAAGCCUGUGCCCAUGAAGAGACACGUUUUCCGUAGGAGCACCGCAGUGGUGCCAGAGCAUCCUGAGCAUCCUGAGCAUCCCCAGGAGCAUCCCAAGGAGCAUUCCCAGGAGCAUCCUCAUGAGCAUCCUGAGUAUCCCAAGGACCAUCCCCAGGAGCAUCCUGAGCAUCCCAAGCAUCCCAAGGAGCAUCUCGAGCAUCCCCAGGAGCAUCUCGAGCAUCCCCAGGAGCAUCCCAAGCUGACGGAGCUGGACCAGGGCACGACCCUCACCCAUCACCCCCCUCCCAUCCCACCCAGGGUCGGCUGCCGCCCCCCACUCAAGUUCUCCGCAUCGCUAAAGGGGGGAAGCCCCGAGCCCCCUCCCAGCGCCCCCCCAGCACCCAGAGGGGGCUCCCCUCCGCUGAGACCCCCCCUGCCACCACUGCCGGCCAAGCGCCACCAGCUGGAAGCCAAGGGCCAGGCCCCACAGGCCCCCCCGGAGCUGCCCCCCAGGGCUGCAUUCCACAGGAGCACCCCUGGCAAGGAGGGGGUCCCCAUCACCGAGAGACCCCCUCCGGCCCCACCGCUGCUCCUGCCCUGCUCCAAGCCCCUAGAGCCCCCCCCCAAGGCCUCCGUCCCCUUCGUGCCCCAGUUCGAUGACUCAGACUAUGAGGACUCAGCCUCGGAGGAGGAAUUGACUGGAGCUGUGGGGGGAGAUGGGUGAGAAGGAGGGUGCUGAGCCCGGAGCACCGCGGUCCCUGCGCAUCAACAGCCUCUUCAGUGAGGAUGAGCUCAGCGAGGAGCAGGGGGAGGCUGCAAUGGGCAGCCCCAGCCCCAUCCUGCCCCCAGCGCCCGCCGGCCCCAGCCCCACAGCCAUGGAUGGGUCCUCACUGGCAGCCCCAGCCCCGCUCCGGGAGGGGUGGUUGGACAAGAACCCACCCCAGGGGUCCUACAUCUACCAGAGGCGCUGGGUGAAGCUGGAUGCUGAGCACCUGCGCUACUUUGACAGU